AGCUCGGGACCUGGGUGGGACGGGGCAAGAGUGCUCACGGGCCAUACGGGGAAAAUGACAACCACGCCUUGUGAAGGGAGACUGCAUCUUGCACCGCUCAGUUUCUCCCAUUGCUCAGAGGGGCUGCGUGUGGGUCCAACAACGAUCAGCUGAGGCUCUGCGACUACAGGACCGGUAUCCGGCCACGCAGUGUCGGGUGUCUCGGACCCGCGACUCUGGCUAAGAGCCUCACCUCACCUAGCGCGUUGCGCCCCGCCCCCAGGCGCUUUGCGCUAAGGUGGUUGGCGGGCUUCAGAGUCGCGGGCGUCUUAGCGUAGGCGGUGAUUGGAGGAGCCGAGGUGACAGACGGGCCUCUCAGCCGCUCGGCGGAGGGGUUUGUUAGUUCCGGGUCGAGGCGUCGGUGACCUCCAGAACCCAAACCCUUUUUCCUGAGUUAAUAUGGCUGCGGCCCGGCAGCGGCUGGGACCUCAAUGAGGGAAGGACGCGAGGCUUUUCCGAGGCUGUGCUCGCGAUCCGUCAGCGAUGGCGCUCCGGUCGCGGUUCUGGGAGUGGCUGUCGGUCGGCCGGAACCGCGGUAAUUCCCACUUCUCUCAGAUAACUUCCCAGAGCCUGGACAGGUGUGGGGUCGCAGCCCACUCAACCAGUUCCAAGCCUGCGGUGAAGCCUGGAGCAGACCCUCUGGAAAAUGAAGCCGUUGCGCCAGAGUUCACCAACCGGAACCCGCGCAAUCUGGAGCUCUUAGCUGUGGCCAGGAAAGAGCGGGGUUGGGGGACAGUGUGGCCCUCCCAUGAGUUCUGGCACAGGUUGCGCGUGGUAAAGACUCAGCAUCACGUGGACGCGCUUGUGGAGCAUCGCAGUGGCCAGGUGGUGGUUUCAGCGUCCACUCGGGAAUGGGCCAUUAAAAAGCACCUGUACAGCACCACAAACGUGGUGGCCUGCGAGAGUGUAGGCCGGGUGCUGGCAGAGCGAUGCUUAGAGGCGGGAAUCAACUUCCUGGCCUACCAGCCCACCCCGUGGGAGGCAGCCUCAGACUCGAUGAAGCGACUACAGAGCGCCAUGACAGAAGGUGGUGUGGUGCUGCGGGAGCCCCGGAGGAUCUACGAAUGAGCUAGAAGCGUUGCUCUGAACGAAUGACUAUAAAGCUGUGAGCGGUUCCCUCCUUCAGAAGAGAGCGUCUGGAAGAUCCGGAAGGGCAGCCAGCUUGGGGGUUUUAUACCAUCACCUAACAGUGGACUGAUGCUGCCACUUAGGAAGGUCAUCCCUUCUUCCCCGUGCGUGCGUGCGUGCGUGUGUGUGUGUGUGUGUGUGUGUGUGGUGUGUGUGGUUUAUCAGAGGCUAACGUCUUCUCUUGGCCAGAAGUACGAGAAAAGCUGUUGCCAAUGGUAAUCAACUUUCGAAGGACAAAUGUUUAUAAGUUAAAGAAUAAACGCAUAUUACAAACA